AUGUUGCUUUUCCGGCUGGUGCUUGUGUUGCUCUUCCGGCUGGUGUUUGUGUUGCUCUUCCGGCUGGUGUUUGUGUUGCUCUUCCGGCUGGUGUUCAUGUUGCUCUUCCGGUUGGUGUUUGUGUUGCUCUUCCGGCUGGUGUUUGUGCUGCUCUUCCGGUUGGUGUUUGUGCUGCUCUUCCGGUUGGUGUUUGUUUUGCUCUUUCGGCUGGUGUUCGUGUUGCUGUUCCGGCUGGUGUUCGUGUUGCUGUUCCGGCUGGUGUUCGUGUUGCUCUUCCGGUUGGCGUUCGUGUUGCUGUUCCGGCUGGUGUUCGUGUUUCUGUUCCGGCUGGUGUUCGUGUUUCUGUUCCGGCUGGUGUUCGUGUUGCUCAUCCGGCUGAUGUUCGUGUUGCUCUUCCAGUUGGUGUUCGUGUUGCUCAUCCGGCUGGUGUUUGUGUUGCUCUUCCGGCUGGUGUUUGUGUAG